UUUGUAUUUUCUUCUUGUUGGGAUUAUAUGAGUUCGUUCAAAACUAUCUCGGACGAUUCUUUUUUCAAUCAAUUGCUACCAAUCCUUGUUGCUUAAUUAGUCCAGUUAAGUCAUCGGUAAUUGGAAUCGAUUAUUCUUUCUGUAUUGGUUUUCACCACUUGUCAAUCGUAAGUAUAAAAACCUAACAGCGUCAAAAGCUCAUUGAUGUGCACUAAGCAAAAAGGAACACUGGGUUUAGAUUAUGGACGCCAUUUCACAAACGUUCACGUCCGUUUCGUAUCGUCAGUGAUUGUGGAGCUGCAUUUGCUAUGGGUACUAUCGGUGGUAGUGUUUUACAUUUUUACAGAGGUUAUCGUAACGCCCCUUCGGGUUAUACAAAAAAACUAGUAAGCGCAAUGGUUAACAGUCGUCAACGUGCACCAAUCACGGGUGGGGGGUUCGCUAUAUGGGGUGGAGUGUUUACAGCUGUCGAUUGCUCUUUAGUUCUUGCUCGUCAGAAAGAGGAUCCGUGGAACUCGAUCACUAGUGGAGCUAUAACCGGAGCCGCUUUGGCUGUUCGUCAUGGUCCAACAGCUAUGGUCGGUCAAGCAUUUGUUGGUGGUGUUAUAUUGGCAAUUAUCGAGGGGCUUGGAAUCAUGAUAAAUAGAUUCGCUCCUAUGCUAAUGCAAGCUCCGCCAGACGCUGUACCAAAUCCACAAAAUGAUCAGUCAUCAAGUCCAGGAAGGUCGUCUGGUAGUGGUGGGAGUGGGUUUUACGACUUUUUUGGUUCCACACAUUCAUCUUCAGAGGGAACUGCUGCAGAAUCUGCUAGUACAGUAUCACCGAAAUCUGGAUUUAUAUUUCAAUAG